CAUUACCCAGUGAAAAAACGGAACCAUUUACGAAUUUAUAUAUUUUUUUUGUUUUUUAUUUUACGUUGUUUAUUUGCUGUAGUGCGAGUGAGUUCUAAGAACUUAACCCAAAAAUGCAGCAGCUCCUCCUCGUGGCACUGGUGGCGGUGGCCAUUGGGUCCUUGCCCCAACUAGCCGUAGGUAAAAAGAUCGAGAAGCGUUGUGUGAACUGCACAUAUCGUACAUACUACACAUACGGCGAUGGGCGAUCCCUGCAGCGGGUUGUCUAUAGAGAUCCGGUCUACACACGUGCCCAACAGUCGUACAGCAGCGGAUGCAGCGGGAAUCCGUGCGGCGUGAAUGCCGUGUGCCAGGAGGCCUCCGGAGGACGUCCUGUUUGCUCCUGCCCGCCCGGAUUCAGCGGUAAUCCGCUCACCCACUGCAAUCGCGGCGAGUGCCUGGACAACGUCGACUGCCGGGGCGACCUGCAGUGCAAGGACAAUCGCUGCGUUAAUCCCUGCGUGGGUGCCUGUGGCAUUGGCUCGAAUUGUGACGCCCGCAACCACGUGGCCGUGUGCAGCUGCCCAGCGGGCUACAAUGGCGACCCCUAUCACGCCUGCCACCUCAACGAUCCGGAGGAGCAGUGCCAUCCGAGUCCUUGCGGCGUGAACACCAAGUGCGAGAUCAUCAACGGCGUGCCCACCUGUUCGUGCAACCAUGGCUACGUGGGCAAUCCGCUGAGCGGGUGUCGCCAUGAGUGCGACCACGACGGCGACUGCAGCGGCCGGGACAUGUGCUCGACCAACUUCAAGUGCGUUCCGGCCUGCGGACAGUGCGGCACUGGCGCCACCUGCCGGACGGUCAGCAACCACCGGGCGGUGUGCGAGUGCCCCAAGGGAUAUAUCGGCAGUCCCUACACGGAGUGCCGGCCGGAGUGCUACGGAGACGCCGACUGUCCCGCCGGACGACCCGCCUGCUUCUACGGCAUCUGCAAGAACACCUGCGAGGGAGCCUGCGGCAUCGGGGCCGACUGCAACCUGCGCGGCCUGACGCCCGUCUGCAGCUGUCCGCGGGACAUGACCGGCGACCCCUUCGUCCGCUGCCGACCCUUCACCAAGGAGGAUCUCUGCGACCCCAAUCCGUGCGGCAACAACGCCAUCUGCGUGCCCGGCCACGACAACACCGGGCGGGAGCGACCCGUCUGCAACUGCCUGCCGGGACACACCGGCAAUCCGCUGAGCCACUGCAGCCGGGGUGAGUGCCUGAGCAACAACGAGUGUCCCGACCACCGCGCCUGCAUCAACUACCAGUGCAUCGAUCCCUGCAUCGGCAAGUGCGCCACCGGUGCCAGUUGCGAGCCAAAGGCCCAUUUGGCGGUCUGUCGCUGUCCACAAGGACAAUCGGGCGACGCUUUGGUGUCCUGCCGCCAGACGCGCACCUUCCCGGUGGCCAAGUACCACUAGGGAGGAUUCCGGAGGAGGAGUCCCGAUGCAGCCGCACUGCCUGCCAGUCCCUUAGUCACCUUUCGUCCCUGCCUCAACCUGCACACCAGUCUAUCUGUUCGUCCCCUCGAAUUCGCCUUCUUCCCAUACUAGUCGUUGCAUUAACCUCGUACUCUCUCUCUAAUCGAAGCGAACAAAAAUGUGUUGACAACAAUCAAUAAUACAAGUAAACAUUAAACAAC